GUCGUUUCCGGUAGGCGGAGCUCAGACCCCCGUUUCCUUUCUCCGCGGCCAGGUCGCGCUCGCACGGCGGUCGACCGCCCUGCUCCGGAGACCACCCCCCGCGCCGGUGCGUACAAGCCGCCCGCGCCAGGCCCCCAGGAGCUGCGCCGCGGCCCCCGGCAGCAUGGGCGGCGCCCGCGACGCGGGCUGGGUGGCGGCGGGCCUGGUCCUCGGCGCCGGCGCCUGCUACUGCGUUUACAGGCUCACGCGGGGCCGGCGGCAAGGCGGCGGCGGGCAUCGCCUGCGCCCCUCGCGGUCCGCAGAAGACUUAACCAAUGGCUCACAUGAUGAUGUCCUAAAUGCUGAGCAACUUCGGAAGCUCCUCUACCUGCUUGAGUCAACUGAGGAUCCUGUAAUUAUUGAAAGAGCUUUGGUCACUCUGGGUAACAGUGCAGCCUUUUCAGCUAACCAGGUCAUUAUUCGUGAAUUGGGUGGUAUUCCAAUUGUUGGAAGCAAAAUCAACAAUCCCAACCACAGUAUUAAAGAGAAAGCUUUAAAUGCUCUGAAUAACCUGAGUGUGAAUGUUGAAAAUCAAAUCAAGAUAAAGAUAUACAUCAAUCAAGUCUGUGAGGAUGUCUUUGCUGGUCCCCUGAACUCUGCUGUGCAGCUGGCCGGACUGAGGUUGUUAACAAACAUGACAGUCACCAAUGACCACCAGCACAUGCUUAACAAUUACAUCACAGACCUGUUCCACGUGUUGCUCACAGGAAACGGAAGCACAAAGGUUCAAGUUUUGAAACUGCUUUUGAAUUUGUCUGAAAAUCCCACCAUGGCAGAAGGACUACUUGGUGCCCAAGUGGAUUCAUCAUUCCUUUCCCUUUAUGACAGCCACGUGGCAAAGGAGAUUCUUCUUCGAGUUCUUACAUUAUUUCAGAAUAUAAAUAACUGCCUCGAAAAGGAAGGCCGCUUAGCUGUUCAGCCUACUUUCACUAAAGGUUCACUGUUUUUCCUGUUAUAUGGAGAAGAAUGUGCCCAGAAAAUGAGAGCUUUACUGUAUCACCAUGAUGCAGACGUGAAGGAAAAGGUAACAAUAAUCCCCAAAUCCUAAGUGGUUGGUCAUAUUUUUCCUAAGAGUGACACAGUCCAGACGUAAUGCACAUAAAACUUAUUUUUCAACUUCCUUACAAAGGGUUUUUCAGCUGCCAAGUGUAAACAGUAAAUGUCAUGUUUCAUAAUUAACACAGCUCUAACUUGCCAUCAUGGUCUUUUGGUUUAUUUUAGACCAUUUUAUUGAUACUAAAUGAAUAUGAGUUUGUUCUGAAACUUUUUUUUUCUAUUAUCUAUUUGCUGAAAUACUUCAGUUAUUUCCUCCACAUGACGUGACUGUGACCUUUUUAUGUGUAAGCCACCCUUCUGCUGUUUGAAGGGAUCUGCAGUCACUCCGUGGAGACAGCAGUAGUCUGUGACUGACGAGUUAUGUCAGAACCGCCGCAGGAAGGACCUUGUUCUUUCAGUAGUGACGAGAUCCUGAGCUCUCAAGUCCACCUGCCAGCCCAGACACACUGCUUUCAGAAGUCUGUUCUAAUCAUGAGAAUCUUUUCUAGUCAAUGAAAACUGUAAACUUUUAGGGAAAUGUUUCCUAGUACUCACCCACUCCCUUUCACUGUGCCAGGAUGUAAAGAUGUUAUGUAUAAACUACCAGGAUCAAUCAAAGUGUCCAUCCAUAGGCAACUGGCUAAAUCAAUUAUCUAGUCUUAGAAGAAUGAAGCAGGUCUGAAUGUGCUGAUGUGGAAAGACAUCCAUGAAAUAUGGAUGUCCUUUUUAAAUGAAAAAUAUUUAUGCUUAUAUUUGGACACAACACUUCUGGAAUGAUACUCAAACUCCUGGGAGUGGGGAAAUGACUUCUCUAUGUAUACCUUCUACUGUUUGAAUUUUUUACUGUGAGCAUAAAUUUUAUAAUUUUUUUAAAUAAAAACAACUUACAAGAUUAUA